UUUAAUGAAGGAUAAUGAGAUUUGUGACACAAUGUGAUUUUUUCACAUCGUGUAGCGUGCCAAGCAUUAUUUCAGCAUGAAAUCGCUAACACGCUUGGUAAUAUUGCUGCUAGCUGUUUGCGUCUGUUUUGUAUUCGUUGGCGUGAAUCUUUUGUACCUCAAACCAAAACUGUAUAAUGGAUUUGGAAGUCAAACUAGUGCCAUGAACUUAGUGUAUGUGAAGCAUAAGCCGUCCACACAGUUUGAAACCAGGGGUGACAUUAUCUCUAGAAGCACAGAAACCAAAAUUGAAGCAGAUGCUAGUGUUCCACAUCUUUACAGAGGUUCACUUCGCAAUCCUUGGAGUAGCAGAUUUCACGAAAUUGUGUUAGCUGUUGUCGCAUGUGGAGAUCGUCUAGCUGAAACUCUAGUGGUGAUAAAAUCAGCAAUACUAUUCACUAAAUCACCAUUGAAAUUCAUUGUGGUUGCAGAUGAUCAUCUUAUUCCUAGUUUCAGAGAGAAACUCAAUGAAUGGCAAAAUCUGGUCAAUAACUCAUUUUCAUAUGAAUUACACCAUAUCACAUUCCCCCUGAAGGGAGAUACUAGUGAGUGGAGACGUUUAUUCAAACCUUGUGCAGCUCAAAGAUUAUUUCUGCCUACAGUUCUGAGCCACAUUGAUGCUCUUUUGUAUGUGGAUACAGAUACCUUAUUUCUUGGACCAUUAGAGGAUGUGUGGAGACACUUUGAACUUAUGAAUUCAUCUCAGAUAGCAGCUUUAACUCCUGAACAUGAAGAUCCAAAUACUGGCUGGUACAACAGAUUUGCCAGGCAUCCAUAUUAUGGAAAACUAGGCGUCAACUCUGGUGUUAUGUUAAUGAAUCUUACCAGGAUGCGCACUUUCCGGUGGACAGACUAUGUUGUACCAAUAUAUAAAGAAUACAAACUGAAGAUAACAUGGGGAGAUCAAGACAUUAUAAACAUAAUAUUCCACUUUCACCCAGAUAAACUGUACGUAUACCCAUGUCGGUAUAAUUAUCGUCCAGAUCACUGUAUGUACAUGAGUGUGUGCCAUAGUGCUGAUAAGGAAGGUGUUGCUGUACUGCAUGGAAGUCGAGGGAGCUUUCACUCUGAGAAACAACCACCUUUCCAUGCACUCUAUACUGCAAUGGAAGAAUAUCAGCUGGGGACAGAUCCUCACACAAAUCUUUAUUUACCCAUUAAGAACUACUUGGAACUAGCGUCAUCAUCAAACUGUGAUCUUGGGCUGGUGGUGCACUCCCAAGAGUUGGACAGUGAAAUGGUUGAAAUAUGUCUUCAGAUAUUGUCAUGGAUUAAGGAGAGGACCAGAUUAGUGAGAAUACAGAGAACUGGUGUACGAGGAGGAAAAAGUAGACAGAUGUGGUCAAUGAUAGGAGUUGUAUCAGGUUGUGAUGAUGCUGAUGCUAUAUGAUCAUGAUGUCUGUACACAUGUCAUUUCACCUCUGUUGUUGUGUGUUAGCAUAAUGAUACCUUUAUUUACACUGUUCCUUGCAUAU